CAUGUGGUUCCUUUUAAAACUCCUACUACAACUAAUACCAUUUUCUUAACUCCUACUCUUCUUCUCCCACUUUUAUCACACUCACUAUCUCUGACUCUCACACUCCAUCUCAAAGAACGAAGAACAGAGAGACCACGUUAAUGGCUCUUUCUAUGAGACUCAACCUGCUCUCGUCCACCACGUUAAGACCCAGAUCGUCAUCAGCACCUCCAUAUGCCGUCAUCACUUUCUCAUCUCCAAUCCCAUCUCUCCCGCUCCCCACUUCUCCAAAACUCCCUCUCAGAACCUCACACUCUCUCUCCAUCAAAGCCUCUUCCUCUUCGUCGUCUUCCACUACCAUCACCGAGCCUGAAGGCAUCAAGAUUAAUUCGAUUCCGACGAAGCCGAUCGAAGGGCAGAAGACUGGAACGAGCGGACUUCGGAAGAAGGUGAAAGUUUUUAUGCAAGAAAAUUACCUUGCCAAUUGGAUCCAGGCAUUGUUUAAUUCAUUGCCAUCAGAGGAUUACAAGAAUGGGUUGCUGGUGUUAGGAGGUGAUGGGCGUUAUUUUAAUCGAGAAGCUGCACAGAUAAUUAUCAAAAUUGCUGCAGGGAAUGGUGUUGGAAAAAUUUUGGUUGGAAAGGAAGGUAUUAUGUCAACACCAGCAGUUUCUGCUGUAAUCCGCAAGAGAAAGGCCAAUGGUGGAUUUAUAAUGAGUGCAAGUCAUAACCCUGGUGGGCCUGAAUAUGAUUGGGGUAUCAAGUUCAAUUACAACAGUGGUCAGCCUGCACCUGAAUCUAUCACUGACAAGAUUUAUGGAAACACCCUCUCUAUAACUGAAAUAAGGGUUGCAAACAUUCCUGAUGUUGACCUAUCACGACUGGGAGUUACCAAGUACGGGAACUUCAGUGUUGAAGUAGUAGACCCAGUUUCUGACUAUUUGGAGCUAAUGGAGAGUGUAUUUGAUUUCAAGCUUAUCAAAAGUCUUCUGUCACGAUCAGAUUUCAGGUUUAUAUUUGAUGCCAUGCAUGCUGUUACUGGUGCUUAUGCAAAACCCAUCUUUGUGGACAAGCUAGGAGCCAGUCUGGAUUCAAUUUUGAAUGGAGUGCCUCUAGAGGAUUUUGGGCAUGGUCAUCCUGAUCCCAAUCUUACAUAUGCUAAGGAUUUGGUCAAUAUUUUGUAUGGUGAAGGUGGACCUGAUUUUGGAGCUGCUAGUGAUGGAGACGGUGAUAGGAAUAUGAUUUUAGGUAGAGGUUUUUUUGUUACUCCUUCCGAUUCUGUCGCAAUUAUUGCUGCCAAUGCACAAGAAGCCAUUCCAUAUUUCCGGGGUGGCCCUAAGGGUUUAGCUCGAUCUAUGCCAACAAGUGGUGCUCUUGAUCGUGUAGCUGAACAACUGAACCUUCCUUUCUUUGAGGUCCCUACUGGUUGGAAGUUCUUCGGAAAUCUUAUGGAUGCCGGGAAGUUGUCCAUUUGUGGGGAAGAGAGUUUCGGAACAGGUUCUGAUCACAUUCGCGAGAAGGAUGGCAUAUGGGCUGUCUUAGCCUGGCUUUCGAUUAUUGCGUACCGAAACAAAGACAAGAAACCAGGUGAGAAGUUGGUUUCUGUCUGUGAUGUUGUGAAGGAAUAUUGGGCAACUUUUGGAAGGAAUUUCUUUUCUAGAUAUGACUAUGAAGAAUGUGAAUCUGAAGGUGCAAACAAAAUGAUAGAAUAUCUUAGAGAUUUGAUCUCUAAAAGCAAGCCUGGUGAAAAGUAUGGAAGCUACGUCCUCCAAUUUGCAGAUGAUUUUAUGUAUACAGAUCCAGUUGAUGGGAGCGUCGUGUCGAAGCAAGGUGUUCGCUUUGUUUUCACAGAUGGAUCGCGGAUCAUAUAUCGUCUAUCGGGAACUGGUUCAGCAGGUGCCACUGUUAGAGUUUACAUUGAACAGUUUGAACCAGAUGUAUCUAAACACGAUGUGGAUGCCCAAACGGCCCUAAAACCAUUGAUAGAUUUGGCGCUUUCUGUCUCAAAGUUGAAGGACUUCACAGGAAGGGAGAAACCUACUGUCAUCACAUAAAGCACAAUUCCAGAGGCAGGUUGACCAGUUCAUCUUUUUCCUCUUGAAUUGUCAUACAGAUUUCUCCCAUUCAGUUUUGAUUGUGCAGUGGGAAACCUGGCUCAGUAGAACAAUAAGCCACUCCUUGUAAAUUGCUGAAAUGUAUAUGUGGAAAAUAAGAUACCUCUUUCUCAGCAGAGGAGUUAGAGGCAAGCCUAGCUGCUAAGUGAUUUGAUUAUGUGUCUAUGGUGAACUAUGAGUUUCCUACCCUUUGUUUUUCAUCGGAAAUUUCCAAUAGAUGCCACGAAAGAUAUUGGUUUUAGCUAUACAUUUAUUCUGAACUUUUCAUUACUAUAAGGAGAGGGGUCCAGGAAAAAGCUGGAUUUUUUUUUU